CACCAGCGUUCCACAGAGAGAGAAGAAAGAGAGAGAGAGAGUAGAUUCGUAGAGAGAGAGAGAGAGAGAGAGAGAGAGGGGAUUGGGCCAUUGCGGUCUAUGUUUGGAGGAGUGGAUGUGUUGGGUUGGGUGUGCUAAAACCCUAAAUUCUGAGAUGGAGUUGAAGAAUUGAAAGGAGGGGAAGAUCGAUAAUGGCGGACAAGAAGAACAGAAGCGAGGCUAGCAGCAGCAGCAGUAGCAGCGGAACCAACAGAGGCGAAAGCUCUGUUGUUGAUGUUGGGCGUCGUAGAAGCUCUUGCGGUUAUUGUAGAUCCGAUUCUCACUCCAGUAUUUCUCACGGUUUAUGGGCACACAGUUUGACAGUUGAUCACUAUCAAGGCCUUCUUGAUAGAGGAUGGAGAAGAUCUGGCUGUUUCCUUUACAAACCUGAGAUGGAAAGGACAUGCUGCCCCGCGUAUACAAUCCGUGUGAAAGCAAGUGAUUUAAUCCCUUCCAAAGAGCAACUUCGAGUUUCUAAGAGGAUGGAAAGGUUUCUAGAUGGCAUAUUGGAUGUGAAAAAGAGAGAUGAGUUCACAGAUGAGCCAAAUACAUCUAAGGGUUCAUGCAGCUGUGCCCCUAAUGAAAUUACUAGCUCAGCAGCGAAGGAAUCAUUGGCAGGUAAAAACAAAGAAAAGAAUAAAGCUGAAAAUUUUAUGCAUCAUUUGUCAAACCAAAUUGAUAAUGCAGUACAUGCAUUUGUUGGAAGUGGAGAGUUUCGUUGUGAUAUUCAAUUACCAAAAGCUACUAUCAAAAAAGUUGCACCAGCCAAAAGGAAGUUACUAGUUGAAGGAUCUGAAGAUCUCCUGUUCUCCAGCAGUAUUUCCUUUCAAAUUGCAGCUGCUUUAAAGCGGGUAGAGAAGGAUGACUAUUUGAAGUUAUCAAGAGAAAGUACAGAAAAAAAUGGCCAUUCUCUUGAGCUUUCUCCAACAAUAAUUGCGGAAAAACUGACAAGUUCUUUGAAUCAGUUGGCAGAAAACUCUGGUCUGUCAAUCAGAGCUUGCAAUGGGCACAUAAAUUUCUAUUCUUCUAAAAAACAAGAUUGGUUGGAUGAAAUGGUUGAAAGAGAUCCCGUCUCUAAAGAGUCUCCUACAGGAAGUGGAAGUAAAGAGAGGUGUUCGAAGAUCUCUAAAUGUCCUCAGGGAAAAAGGCGGAGGCUUGAGAUACGUUUGAACAGGUCCAGUUUUGAUCCUGAAGAAUUUUCCUUGUAUAGGAGAUACCAGAUUAAGGUGCAUAAUGAUACACCAGAUCAUGUCACAGAAAGCUCGUAUAGGAUGUUUUUAGUUGACACUCCCUUAGUAUUUGUCCCGCCAACUGGAGACAGUACAGUUCCUCCUUGUGGCUUUGGUUCUUUCCAUCAGCAAUAUGUGAUUGAUGGCCGGCUAGUUGCAGUUGGUGUGAUUGAUAUCCUCCCUAAAUGUUUGUCAAGUAAAUAUCUGUUCUGGGACCCAGACUUUGCUUUCUUAUCACUAGGCAAGUAUUCAGCCUUGCAAGAAAUAGAUUGGGUUAAAGAGAGUCAAGUCCAUUGUCCUAGCCUUGAGUAUUAUUAUCUUGGCUAUUACAUUCACUCCUGCAGCAAGAUGAGAUAUAAAGCAUCAUAUCGCCCGGCUGAGCUUCUCUGUCCUCUUCGUUACCAGUGGGUGCCGUUUGAUAUUGCAAGGCCUUUGCUUGAUAGGAAACCAUAUGUGAUCUUAUCUGAUUUUGCCACUUUACCGAAUGGAGAGUUGCCAGCACCUAAGGUGCUUGAAAACAGUAUAGAACUGCAGCUUGAUGAUCCUAGCCAAGAAGAGGAGAAUGAUAUUCCUAUUGAUGAAGACGAAGAAAUGGGUGAACUUGAUUUUGAAGAUUCUGAUGAUGACUCAGGCUCAGAAUCCAGUGGUUUGAUUCCAGUGGAUGUAUACGGAAGUGUUAGUAAUAUUUUGAUUGGGUUAAAGGGAUCUCGCCUGAGAUAUAAGCUCAUGCUCCAUGUGGUUGGAAGGAUGCAAAACUGACAAGAAGGGCAAUGUAGAAAAGGUAAAAAGAAAUAAAGACGGAAUGUGUUUAGUUGAGCUCUGUGAAGCACAGACAUCUCUCUAGAGGUCAUGUACUAGUGUCGGACAUGUGUUGGACAUGUUCCGGACAUGUGCUAGAUAGACACACUAGAAGAUGUGUUGGACACAUUGGAACCACAUGCUGUCCCAUUUAUUUAUUUAAUUUUCACCGGAGUAGCUGGUUGAUAAUUUGAUGAGAAAAAAAAUAUUUGACAGUGUCCCCAUCGUGUCAUGUCCUUCAUUUUUUGAAAAUUUGCAUGUGUCUGUGUCUCGUUGAGCUGGACAAAAAAGGGCUGUUAAUUUUUUUGAAUAUUAGGAGGGGUGGGACUCUUUUACUCUUCCUUUCUCCUUUCCCUUUCCUAUGAACCUUGUUCUCUUCCUUUCCCUUUUAAUUAGUUUUUCCUCGUACCAAAUUUACUGUAACUUGUUCUCGCACAUUAAUAUGAAUUUAAAGAUUUAGUCAGGUUGUUAAAGAAAUUGGAAGGGAAGCCAAAAAAUAUACAAACAAAAGAUAAUUGUUGGUUGAGUUUUUCAAUUUUAUUUGCUAUAUUUCCUCGCUUUUUUUCUCCCUAAUUGCCCUGUGCCUAAACUACUGCCAUUGUUACACUUGAUCAUCCAUCUGCAUAGGUGUCUCCCAAAUACAAGAAAGUAAAGUUUCAAGUGUCCUUGAUUAGAUUUUGUUUGUUGUGGCUUCCGUGGAAAGAGUUGGAAAUGUAAGCAAAUGAUGUUUGGUGCAACUUCAUUCCUUUUUUGUUUUUGUUUUUGUUUUU